AUGCUGACGACGACCACCUGGCUGGGAUCCAUUGCCCUCUCGCCGCUGCGCAUCUUCCUCCCCACAGGAUGGACGAACUACAUUGUCUACGUCAUGUCAUUCGUGGCCCACAUGGUUGAUUUCCCCUGGAUGCAGUAUCGGCACAGGCUCGUGGAAUACCUAAAGCACGCGAAGGCUGCGGGGACAAAUGAGAUGGUACUCACAAGUAGCGGCAUCGCGGGUGGAAUUGCCUCCAUGGCGGGUGCCCACGCACACAUCCAAACAAUUGUUUUCGGGUCUCCCGGCUUGCAGCAUCUGCUUCGACUCACUGGUAUCUCGGAGAACGACUACCGCGACUACGUUCUGGCCGUUGGUGCAGCUGGCGGGGCACUGGACAACGUUGGCGGUCAGGACACCAUAAUGAGCCAGAAGCUGCUUUGUAGAGGAAACGCCAUGAGAUGUUUGUUGAUGGAAUACAUCUCCGGGGAGCUACUUAGCAGCUGUGACACCUCUGGGCGACGGCAUGCCGCCAAAUCGGCGGUGUGGGUGCAAUACUUGUUGUUUUAA